CCCCCACCCCCACUGGGCAGGGAGACUGACAGCACUCCCCGCCUCGCAGGUGACCCGACGGCCUCCCUCUUCCUCAGCAGGGCGAGGGGCAUCCACCGCCCGCCGACGUGGAGGUGGGGCGCAGGGACACUCCCCCUACCGCCGCCAUCACCUCAGGAACGACAACCAGCCCUCUCCCAGCAGAGCGAAGGCCUCCCAACCCUUCAACGGGGUGGACGGGCAUGUACGGCCCCCUGGAGAAGCAAGAGGCGCCCCCAUCCCCCUCCCAGCCGGGAACGCAAACCCCCUCGUCCCUCCCGCGUUUCACCUCCGGAAGCGGGGCCGAAGCCUGGGCGAAAGACUGCGCCUCACUCCGCCCCCUGCGCCAUUUUAUCGCCCCCUCCCCGACCUUCCCCACCCCCAGGCAGCCGGGCCAGCGCAGGGGGGAGGGCAAACAGGCAGUGAUUGGCAGGAAACCGCCCCGCCCCUCAGGGGGUUGUUCCCCGCGCAGACGCCGCAACCCCGCCCUCUGUGCCGCCUAGCCUUCCUACUGGCUCCGCCCCUUUCUCGUCUCAUCGACGCGCUCGACUCUCAGUUGCUCCUGACUCUUUCCUGUCCGCUCUUAGGCUAAGGGUUCAGGCCGAGGAAGCCGAGCGACGAGCUCAGCUGAUGCAACCUACCUGGGCCCGCGUGACAGUUCCCGGCACGCGGCGGCGGCGGCGACCGAGGAAGCGGCGCGGUGCCGGGCUGAGCGCGGGAGAUAGGGGUGACGGAGUCAUGGGGGACGCUCCGAGCCCUGAAGAGAAGCUGCACCUUAUCACCCGGAACCUGCAGGAGGUUCUGGGGGAAGAGAAGCUGAAGGAGAUACUCAAGGAGCGGGAACUUAACGUUUACUGGGGAACAGCAACCACAGGCAAGCCACAUGUGGCUUACUUCGUGCCUAUGUCUAAGAUUGCGGACUUCCUGAAAGCAGGAUGUGAGGUAACAAUUCUGUUUGCGGACCUUCAUGCGUACCUGGAUAACAUGAAAGCUCCGUGGGAACUUCUAGAACUCCGAACCAGCUACUAUGAGAAUGUGAUCAAGGCAAUGCUGGAGAGCAUUGGUGUACCCUUGGAAAAGCUCAAGUUUGUCAAAGGCACUGAUUACCAGCUUAGCAAAGAGUACACACUAGAUGUGUACAGACUCUCCUCCGUGGUCACACAGCACGAUGCCAAGAAAGCUGGGGCUGAGGUGGUAAAGCAGGUGGAGCACCCUUUGCUGAGUGGUCUGCUGUACCCCGGAUUACAGGCCUUGGAUGAAGAGUAUUUGAAAGUAGAUGCCCAGUUUGGAGGUGUUGAUCAGAGAAAGAUUUUCACCUUCGCAGAGAAGUACCUCCCUGCACUUGGCUACUCAAAACGGGUCCAUCUGAUGAAUCCUAUGGUUCCAGGAUUAACUGGCAGUAAAAUGAGCUCCUCAGAAGAGGAGUCCAAGAUUGAUCUCCUUGACCGGAAGGAGGACGUGAAGAAAAAACUAAAAAAGGCCUUCUGUGAGCCAGGGAAUGUGGAGAACAAUGGAGUUCUGUCUUUCAUCAAGCAUGUCCUCUUUCCCCUCAAGUCUGAGUUUGUGAUCCUUCGAGAUGAGAAAUGGGGUGGAAACAAAACCUAUACCGCUUACUUGGAGCUGGAAAAGGACUUUGCUGAUGAGGUUGUACACCCUGGAGACCUGAAGAAUUCUGUUGAGGUCGCCCUGAACAAGUUGCUGGAUCCUAUCCGGGAAAAGUUUAAUACUCCUGCACUGAAGAAACUGACCAGCGCUGCCUACCCAGAGCCCUCCAAGCAGAAGCCAGUUGCCAAAGGCCCUGCCAAGAAUUCAGAACCAGAGGAGGUCAUCCCGUCCCGGCUGGAUAUCCGUGUGGGCAAAGUCAUUAGUGUGGACAAGCACCCUGACGCAGACAGCCUGUAUGUGGAGAAGGUUGAUGUCGGGGAGGCCGAGCCGCGGACUGUGGUGAGCGGCCUGGUGCAGUUUGUGCCCAAGGAGGAGCUGCUGGACCGGCUAGUGGUGGUGCUGUGCAAUCUGAAACCCCAGAAGAUGAGAGGCGUCGAGUCCCAAGGCAUGCUUCUGUGCGCUUCUACAGAGGGGGUAGACCGCAAGGUUGAGCCUCUGGACCCUCCUGCAGGCUCUGCUCCCGGUGAGCGAGUGUUCGUGAAGGGCUAUGAGAAGGGCCAACCAGAUGAAGAGCUCAAGCCCAAGAAGAAAGUCUUUGAGAAGUUGCAGGCUGACUUUAAAACCUCUGAGGACUGCAUCGCACAGUGGAAGCAAACCGACUUCAUGACCAAGCUGGGGUGCAUCUCCUGUAAAUCGCUGAAAGGGGGGAACAUCAGCUAGCGAUCCUGGCAUCCUGCUCCCUCCUCCCAUCCCCCCCCCCGAGUCAUCUGCUGUCUCAGUUUGCUCCGUCCUUCACCCAUUUACCCAUCUCCCAGGACACACCGAAGCAGGAAGUUGGGGACUUUGUUAGGAGUGGAACUCAGUAAGUGGCAGCUCAGCCUCCCCAGAAUCCAGAACCAUCCUGUCCGGGCUGCUGGGCUACUACAGAGCCGCUGCCCCCCACCCCCACCCCCGGGUAGUAAAGAGGGUGGGGCGGCAGCAGGGAGCCCAGCUCUACCUUCUCUGUCUGGCAGCUGACUGGAGAAAUCUGGUUUCAGUAUAACUCCUAGAAAAGGUUUAUGCCACAGCCCUUCUAAUUGGAAAAAUAUUGGUUCCCAUGUUUUCCUAGAGUUCUCCUGGCAGCUGUGCCUCUGUCUGGGAUCUGGUGCCUGAACUGAGCUAAUUACAGCCUUUCCCCAACAGGAAAUUGUGGGAUUCAGAAAGGAAAGGGAGGGGAAAAGAGAGAACCUAGUGGUCUACCAAGUGGUGGGCAGCUUUCCCCAGUGCCUGCCAACCCUGAGGCCCAGCCCCGAGGCUCCUGCCUUUUCUUUCCCUUGAUCCUGUGGGGUUGGGACAUUCCCUAAACCAGCUGUGUGUUAAUAUCAGAAGUAAGGCAGAUGGCACAGCCUGAAUCUUUCUUCAGAGAGGGUGGGGUACUUCUCCAUAAGGCAUCUUGAUCAGAAUCACUGUCACUGUCAAGAAUUCAAAUAAACUGUCUGAACAA